GGGGUCCUCACAGUAGUUUCUGCUAACAAAGCAGGCUCUAAAAUGUCGGGAGAGGUUUAUCUCCUGUGGCUUCUCUCGCUUAUACAAACGCUGUCGGCAUACGGUGCCGAUCUGUCGUCUGAGGCAUGCAGGGAGCUGGGCUUCUCCAGCAACCUGCUGUGCAGCUCCUGUGACCUGCUCGGGGAGUUCAGCCUCACCAAGCUCCAGCCCGAUUGCCGGCAGUGCUGCCAGCAGGAGGCCCAGAUGGAAGCGCGCAAGCUCUAUGCUGGAGCCAUCCUCGAGGUGUGUGGAUGAAAACUGGGGAGGUUCCCUCAAGUCCAAGCUUUUGUCAGGAGCGAAAAGCCGAAGAUGUUCAAGGGUCUUCAGAUCAAGUACGUGAGAGGCUCAGAUCCUGUACUAAAGCUUUUGGACGAUAACGGGAACAUCGCUGAAGAACUCAGCAUCCUCAAGUGGAACACAGACAGCGUGGAGGAGUUCCUGAGUGAGAAAUUAGACCGGAUAUAGACAGUGUGUAUGUUUUUGUUUUUAGUCUUUAGUUGAAGAGUCUGCUCACCCAAAUUACGAUACCUCUGGCGGUGUGUUGCCAUGCAGACACUUUGUGUUUUAUGUGCCUGAGAUUUCUGCGUCCACCUGCGGGUUAGUGGAGUUUUGUUUAUGGCACUCGCAGCACUGAUACAUGACAUUUAAAGAAGUCAACAGCAACUGUGUCCUAGUCUCUGUAGAUUAACACACUGACUACGUUACAUGCACAAAACUUUUCGGAUUUCCACUUAUUCCAAAAAAACCCCCCAAUAUAUUCCUACUAAGCGGUUUACAUGGCUAAUGAAAAUGAAUAUUCUACUAGUAUUCCUGUUAACAUGUAGCUGUGCAUACUCCGAUUAACAUGCCCUAACAUGUUGAUUAUCAUGUCAAAAAAUGGAAAAGUGGGACGGCUUUUCACUGAUGGAGGACUUGAUCAACCGUGCAAACACAUCCUGCUUCUUUCAUUCCUUCAACUACGUUCUUUGGUUGACAUUGUGAUUUUUGCGUGUAUAUGACAACCUGUUGAUAUCCAUGUCUUUCAGACCGUUUAAAAGUAGGUGCGUUUCUCCGUCUGACCAGCAAGGUGGGCUUUUCUUUUAGGCGUGCAUCUCUACUCCACAGCCUUGCAAACUGUUGGCAAGUUGGUUUGUGUACAGCGUAUCCCUGACAACGCACAGAGCUGAGCGUAAACAGGCAAGAGGCCAUGUGACGUUAACUGCGGUAAAAAGCACAAAUGAGACCCAGAUUCUGAACGCACUGUAUACAUGUCCAAAGAUAUCCCACGUCUUAAUCGGAAAAUGCUAAAUUCAGAAAAUCCAAACAGAAUAUGGUGUUCACAUGACCUGCAUCAAAUUCAAGUCAUAUUUAGAAUAAUAGUGGAAUAUAAGUGUGCAUGUAAAUGUUGUCACUGUCAAAGGUUUGCAUUUGCAAUGACUGCAACAAGAGGUAGCUGUAAAUCACGUUUGAGCACCACAAGCAAAAACACCUCCGUUGUAUUUAGGCUGCGACAGAAAUCCAAAGAGACCUCUUGAAGAUCUUUUAAAAACUUGAGCCAAUUAAACAAAAACUAUCUGCACGGCUUCGAACCACAGGGGUCUGCUGAGAAAAUGAUUUUUUUAUAAUUUGGAUGGACCGACUCUUUUAGUUCUUUACCAAUUUGUACAUGACUUGGCCUUGAUACAUGGUUGUUAAAUCACUAUUUGACUGUUUUUGUAUCUGAAAAAUCAAUUUCCUGUCUGGAUUUUACCAAAUAACUUAUGUGAGAGUGUGAGAAGACAUAAUCACAGAGCUCAGACGGGCAGCACAGCCGAUAUAACGAUGAACAUUACAGAUAAUUGUGGCUCAGAGUGGAUCCAUUAGGUUUGAAAAACAAUAAUGCACAUCAAGAACUGUUAUGUUGUCUACCUGUGGGAGUUUACGUUCCCCCUCUCGUCUGUCGGAUAUUCUUGUAUGAUUAUUAUUUUUUUAUAAUGCUCAACAUUGUAACUGAUGGGGUUUGUAGUAAGAGUGAAUCCUAGUUUCUCUCCAGAUGCGACGUCUUUGCCGGAGCACACGUCAGUGAAGACGUCACAGUAAACCAAUGCUGGGAUGUGACGUCUGAUGUAAAUCUGUGUGUUUCAGUAUCGUCUGCUUUGAGGAGAAACUGGAUUUCUUUUGGAUGAUUGUUUUCAAGCGAGUGAGGUGACAGUUUAAAUAUGCAACAAUAAACAAACUCUGAUGGUU